UCUCUCUCUCUCUCUCUCUCUUCGCUCCUUCCUAACUAGCAGGGAAGCUCUCUGCAAAUCCUUUAAUAAUGUUGUCAAGAAAGGCUAGAUUUAACUCACACGGGCAAGACUCUUCCUACUUCCUAGGAUGGGAAGAGUACCAGAAAAAUCCCUACCAUCACCUCCAUAAUCCUUCUGGGAUUAUUCAGAUGGGUCUUGCUGAGAAUCAGCUCUCUUUUGACAUUAUUGAAUCAUGGCUCGAGAAUAAUCCGGAUGCGACAGGCUUCCAUAGAAAUGGAAAAUCCCUGUUCAGAGAAUUGGCACUCUUCCAAGAUUAUCGUGGCUUGCCAUCUUUCAAGAAUGAGUUGGCGGAUUUCAUGGGUGAAAUUAGAGGAAACAAAGUACGAUUUGAUCCGAACAGGAUUGUUCUAACCGCAGGUUCAACCUCUGCGAAUGAGACACUCAUGUUUUGUCUUGCUGAACCAGGAGAUGCUUUUCUUCUACCCACACCAUAUUACCCUGGGUUUGACAGAGAUCUUAAAUGGCGAACUGGGGUCGAAAUAGUACCCAUAUCUUGCUCGAGCUCAAAUAAAUUUAGAAUUACAAAACCUGCACUGGAAGAAGCCUAUCAACAUGCUCAAAAACUUAAUUUAACUGUUAAAGGAGUAUUGAUCACAAAUCCUUCAAACCCUUUGGGCACUAGCAUGACUCGAGCCGAGCUUAACCAUCUCAUAAGUUUUGCCAGUGCCAAACGAAUCCACAUAGUAAGCGAUGAAAUAUAUUCAGGAACAGUUUUCGACACUCCAAGCUUCAUAAGCAUCGCACAAGCUAUGAUGGAGUACAAAAACCUUGAAGACACCGGCAUUUGGAACCGCGUUCACAUUGUUUAUAGCCUCUCAAAGGAUUUAGGGCUUCCAGGAUUUAGAGUGGGAAUGAUUUACUCCAACAACCAAACAGUAGUUGCAGCCGCGACCAAAAUGUCAAGUUUUGGACUCGUUUCGUCCCAAACUCAGCACUUGCUCACGGGCAUUCUAGCCGAUAAGAAUUUCAUAAAAAGUUAUAUUGACAAAAACAGGAAGAGGAUUAGGAAAAGAAAGCAAAUGCUUGUUUCAGGGCUUUUGAGUGCGGGGAUAGAUUGCUUGAAGAGCAAUGCUGGGUUGUUUUGUUGGGUAGACAUGAGACAUUUGUUGAGGAAUGAUACAUUUGAAGCAGAAAUGGAGCUGUGGAAGAAGGUUCUUUAUGAAGUUGGGUUGAAUGUCUCUCCUGGGUCUUCUUGUCAUUGUGGUGAACCGGGCUGGUUUCGUUUGUGCUUUGCAAACAUGUCGAAAGAAACUUUGAAGCUUUCGGUGAAGCGAAUCAAGGCAUUUGUGGACUCUGUGGGUGGCAUUGAUAGUAGUUAUACCAAGUGUUGUUUUUCAUCUUGUUGGGUCUAAACAAUUGAUGGAAUCAAAUUGUUGAUUUUCUGCUGCAUAUUGAAGAGGGUAGGAUAGGAUGAUAAGUCCAAAAAGAAGCAACACUCCUUUUGUUGCCAUGGAAGUCUUUACCAAAGUGUUGGAUGCCCCAGCUUUUCUAGUGGCCUUCUUGUUUCUUCAAGUGGGUUGAUUUGACUAUUGUUUUGUUUUUAAUAGUGUUUUAGUUGGUAUCUUACCAACUAUUUUCCACGGGGCUGCAUUGGAUUUUGCUAGGUAGUGGGUGCCAUCCUACAUGUUUUUGUUGAUGUAUUAAGUGUGUUGGUUGUAUUUUCCUAUC